GUUUGUCAAAAAUAAAAACGUGUUUCUUUCGUCUGUCCGAUAGUAUACUGAAAUUACAGUUGCUUGAGGUAUAAAACAUACAUGUGAUAAUUGUUAAUUGGAGUUUUAUCUAUUUACUUCUCCUAUGUAAGUGAGAAGGUAUCCAAAGUGUGAAAAAUAUAUUCGAAAUAUGAUGGGUGUUCAAAUAUUCGCGCAAUAAGUUCCGCCACCUUUGUUAUGUUAGGCAGCUUGUGUUUCCCAUUAAUAUCAGUGGUGUGCAAUACUCAGUUCUACAACACCAGUGAUUUCUCAAAAAAAAAACUUCCAGAGGUAAGAUUAUAGAUCGUAGUCAUAAAUAUUAUAUCCAGAACUGGUUAGCAAGAUAAAUAAUAGUAUAUGGACACGUUUCUGUCGACUUUCGUCAAGCACAUUUUGGGUUGGGUGGUGCAGUACGCCACUGGCCUGUGCAAUGUAGUUUUAGAGGGGUAUUGGGUAUACUGAAAUAAGCCUUCAUUUCAGUCUAUAGUGGCGGGAUGGGACUCAACUUCCAUCUUGAUUCUCAUUUCUUACUAAAAAGAAGCCGGCUUUGCCAGUGAAUUUAAACACACACAAAUUUAUUUGGAAAGCUUGUUGGUAUUUUCGAACCGCUUUAUGUUACUAGGACUCUCAACUUUAUACUAAUCCGAAGGAAUGAAUUAGGUAUGGUGUAUUUAAGUGUAGCCUUUAUCCGUUCUUGCUAAGUCUAGUUUGUGUAUGAGGGGAAUGGCCAGUGUCUAUCUAAACGAGACAAAUGGUUACGAAAAUCUCAAAUUUGAGGAAUAUGACAUAUAGUUAUGCUGAUUAAAUGUUCUAGAAUAGCGAAAUUGUGCUUAAAAGAAGCCUGCAGGCAAGGGAACAAGUCUUAUGUCCGACAAUUUGUAAAUAGUAUAGUCCUUUCAAAAAAUAUGGCAGUACCUAGUCGAGCAAGAGUUUACGCUGAUGUUAACUCUCACAAACCAAGGGAGUAUUGGGAUUAUGAGAGUUAUGUAGUAGACUGGGGCCAACAAGAUGACUACCAGUUAGUGAGAAAGCUAGGAAGGGGAAAAUACAGUGAAGUUUUUGAAGCCAUCAAUAUAACUAAUAAUGAAAAAUGUGUAGUUAAAAUAUUAAAGCCUGUUAAAAAGAAGAAAAUUAAAAGAGAAAUAAAGAUAUUAGAGAACUUACGAGGUGGUACAAAUAUAAUAACACUAGAAGCUGUUGUAAAAGACCCAGUGUCAAGGACACCCGCACUUAUAUUUGAACAUGUUAAUAAUACAGAUUUUAAGCAACUUUACCAAACUCUUACGGAUUUUGACAUUAGAUAUUAUCUGUAUGAACUUCUGAAGGCAUUGGAUUAUUGUCACAGUAUGGGCAUUAUGCAUAGGGACGUAAAACCACAUAAUGUGAUGAUAGACCACGAAAAUCGUAAACUACGCUUAAUAGAUUGGGGCUUGGCCGAGUUCUAUCAUCCCGGGCAAGAAUACAAUGUCCGAGUAGCGUCUAGGUACUUCAAAGGUCCCGAAUUAUUGGUUGACUAUCAGAUGUAUGACUAUUCAUUGGAUAUGUGGUCAUUAGGCUGCAUGUUGGCAUCAAUGAUCUUUAGAAAAGAACCUUUCUUCCAUGGACAUGAUAAUUAUGAUCAGUUAGUUCGUAUAGCCAAAGUCUUAGGAACGGAAGAGCUUUUUGAAUAUUUGGACAAAUACCACAUAGAACUUGAUCCUAGGUUCAAUGAUAUUUUGGGAAGGCAUUCUCGGAAACGAUGGGAACGAUUUGUCCAUAGUGAAAAUCAACAUUUAGUAUCACCUGAAGCAUUGGAUUUCCUGGAUAAGCUGUUACGUUACGAUCAUUUAGAACGCCUUACUGCAAGAGACGCUAUGGAUCAUGCCUAUUUCUACCCUGUUGUGAAGGAACAGUGUAGGAUGAUGUCCGCGGUAUCUUCAUCACCAACUCCUUUGACAGGCAACCUUUCCGUAGUCGGUGUAGGAGAAUAACGUGGAUACAUCUGUUAAGAGCACCAUCCCCUUAUUUCUUUCAUGUGCUGUCAAUUUUUUUGCCAUACACUCUUUCCAAUAAUCCAAUAACUUAUUUCGUAACAAAAUCGGUUUGUAAAUUAUGAAGGUGAACUGACUCCUUGGAAAAAUUGGACAAAACUAUGUGCAGGUUACAUAGAGGACUUUUGGUCUGUAGAAUAUAUAUCGUGAUAUAUUGCAACACCAAUUUUGUAAAUCCUUUAUCUGAGACCAUGGAAACAAAACUGAAUUUGUAGCUGGAAACAUCGAUGUACUAUUUUUAUAAUGUUGACGCCGAAAUUCGUCACUGUUGAUUGGUUUAGUUUUAUUUUCUAUAUGUUUCUUUAGUUCAUACAGGAUGGUCAUUAAUUGUGUACAAUGUGAUGUAUUUGACAAGUAAUAAUUAUUGAACUACGUUAUGGCCCAACCUGUGUUACUACCAUUGGUUUUGCCAGUUACAAAUGUAACUAUUCCCAUAAAUUAUUGGUAACUGUAUAUUCUAAUGGUACUUGUAUUUAUUGCAUGAACUUUCUCUUAGCUCUAAUCCUUACCAAUAAUUUUAGGCAUUGUGAGUUACGAUUUAGGAAAUUCUCGCCAAAGUUAUUUUUACAUGUUUUAAGGGUUAUAUCUGCAAUUCAUCUGAAACAUGGAGUCUAGUAGAUACAUUUUUAGUAUCAAUUGUUACUUUUUUUUACGAUUUCUUGUAAAUAUUUAAAUGUUUGUAGAUUUUUGUACUUCCACGCAAAACCUGAUAAAGAAAAUUAUUUUUAGCGACAAGCAAAAAAACGGAUUAGCGAAUUUUCUUCAUUUGUGUUUCAUAAUUUUUUGAGUAGUAAAAGUUAUUUGUGAAUUGCUGGUAAGAAUCUAAACAUGUGAAGCACGAUAAUAACAUCAGAGGGUCAAAGAAAUUGAAGGUUGUCCAUACUUUUUCAAUCUAUAUAGUUUGUACAAGAACCGUUACUGAUAAGUGCCCAUUAAUAAUAUAUUCUAUAUCAGUUAAAAGUAUAACCAACAACUAUUUGGUUUAGUUAUUUAAAGUAUAAAGACAUAUACAUACUAUGAAUUCUAAGUACCUGAUACGUAUUUGGUUUCAAAUUGAUUGUAGAACCUACAGGGUGAUCCACUAAUUACACCAGUAUAACGUUUUUUAGAGGUUGGACUUGCAGUUACUUCAAAUAGAACAAGCCAAUGGGCGAUUUUUUGGACUUUUUUGAAAGUAAAUUGCAUCGUUUCUAUUUUCGAAAUUAACAGUUUUUAUCAACAAACAUCAAAUAUGAAGCAGCUUAAUCUACAAACACUGUAGAAAAUGAUAUUGUAGAUCAAGAAGCUUUAUAUGAGAUUUUCGUUGUAUAUAGAAAAUGUUAUUUACAAAAGUCUGAUCAGUUUUUGAAAAUCGUCUCAUAGCCUUCUUUAAGAAUCAUCUUUUAUUUUGGCACAUGUUCCAAAAACACUAUUUCAGUUUUGAGGUGCAGCAAGUCUGACAACAAGGUGUUCACAGAGCUGUAAAUUCAGUGAUUCACCUUGUACAUUUACAGGUUCAGUUGAUUUACAAAUGCAGUUUCAUAAUUACUCAUUAAUGGUAUCUAGAUGAAUACACCAGGUAUAACUCAACCCAGUGCUUCUUGACAAUAUUUAUUACAUAAUUUAUCUGUUGUUAAUUAUGAAUCAAUGAAUUAUCACUUGUUCGCGUUUUGAAUGUAAUUUUACUAGAUUACAUCAGUAUUGACAAAUCUUAUUUAUUUUGUUUAUAUGUAUAAAAUAAGCUCUAAGUUAAGGCGAUUUUUUGUUUAUGCACGUUAAUUACCAAGAAGAUAAAACAAACUUAUGUACCUAUCAACAGACAUUUUUGCCCAAAAAUACUAAUAGGCAGUAGAGAUCGUCCAAAAAACAUUAAUACGUAUUUUGUUGAGCAGGCCUCACAUUUUGUUUUUUUACACGUCCCGUUUUUCUAUAUUUUUUUUUUCAACUACAUAUUUGAAACAGUACUCUUUAAUUAAUCCUUUUCAUAUGAUUAUUUCAUGGAGUGUAUGGAGUUGACUAAAAAACAAUGUCAAUUUUUUUCUUGUACAAAAAAAUGCAUUUUUUAUUCAGACAUUGUUAACAAAUGAAGACCCAAGUGGAUAAAGGCGUCAUGUAACAAAAUCAUUGUAUGGAGAAAAUUGACUUUGAACAUAAAUUUUUCAUUGGGGCUUUUUACUUUAUUGACAUUAUAUUGUUUUUUCAAUAAAGUAAUCACAAUGAAAGAGUCAGUCCUUAAGGUUGUUUCUGAAAAAAUGUUACAUGACACCUUUAUCCACUUGUGUCUUCAAAUAUUAGUACAGCUCUGUAGUUAUAUGUGAAUAUUCCACUUUAAUGGAAGAAUGAAAUGAGUGAUUACCUUAUUCUCAUCACUUUUUCUCCCCGAAAAAUCUUUUUUCUUAAAACCUCAUUUUGCAGAAAAUUGAGUUUCCAAGGAAAUUAAAGAUGGAUUAUUCACACACAAUUUUCACUUAUCUCUAUACAUACCAUGAAACAAUUAGACGAAAAGUAUUAAGAAUACUCCUUUUGAAUUUGACCAUGGUUUUUUUAUAUAUAGAGUCGAUGAAGAUACGGAAUUUCCAUCUGAAGUUCAUGAAAACGUUCUAUAAGUUUUUCUAGCGGUUUUUCAUUUCAGUGAAAUCGCUGAACAGGUGUGAUAAAUGUAGAUUUUCCUAAACAUCUUUCUAUAAUACUUAAUACUUUAUAUUUCUCUUUUUGAGUAUUCUCUAUGUAAGUACUUUAUUUUUUUCCAUAUUAGAAAUUUUAAGUUGCAUUUGCACAUUUAAAAAAAAAUGAUCGAACUAGUUGAGAGGUUAUACUUUUAAAAUAUGGUUUGUUGUCAUUUUCUUUUAAUCAUAAUACACAUAUAGUGUUACAUAUCCCUGCAUUUUUUGUGAUUAUUUUGGAAUGAUUGUAUAUCAUUUUAAAUCGUUAGUUUGCGAAGGAUAUUGUAACUGAAUGGGGCUUUUAAAAUUUUCCCAAUAUUGUUUAAUAAAUAUAAAUAUGUGUAUAGAUACUCCUCGAGGUUAUUCCAAGCAACCAAAAGUUCACAGCACUGUUUGACGUAUUUUCGACUGCAAUGGAAUAACUACUCAAACACAUUCCAUUUUGGCCAAUAAAUCAAACAGGUAACUAACAAAAUGCUGCUUAAAAAAUUUCAAUAUCCAAAGUACGGAGAGAGACAGAAAAAACGAAUUUUCCCAAAUUCACUUUAAAUUAUUUUUAAUCUAUUUUUGGUGGGAUUUCAAAAUAAAUUGCAAUUUAAUAUUGCCACUUUUCCUCCUCUCAAAGAUCGCAUAGUUAGAAUUUCAGAAUGACAUUUCGUCUCUCGUCCUCCAGUAUCAACUUUAUUUUUUCUUAUGGGCGCCAUAUUGGAUGUUUAUAUAGGUGUACAGAGUUUUCAAUUCUGAUUCCGAAAAUGUACGAGAUGUGUUCAGAAAGUAUCGAACCUUUGGUUAGCAUACAUAUAUUUAUCGAUUUGGAGGUCCGAAACUUGAAUCCCCUUCAAAGUAAUCUCCUUGGUGAUGGACACACUUAUCCCAGCUCUUCCGCCAUUUUUGGAAACACUCCAGUUUUCAGCGGCAUUUUCAACUUAGGAAAUAGCCAAGUCACACUGCGCCAGGUCGGGUGAGUAGGGAGCCUGACGAACCACAGGAAUGUUGUGUUCGGCUCAAGUUUUUGUCAUUUUACAAAAACCGAAAUCCGACGACUGCUCUCUACACGUCUUCACAUGUAGGCCGGCUGCCAGCAACUGACGCUAUCUGCGGGUGUGAAAAAAUUCAGGGCUACACAUGACUGUGCCCUCCACAUUUAAGGUACGAUACUUAUUGAACACAGUUGCCAUACACUGACAUCGCCAAACCUUAAAUAUCUCAAAAAACUAUUCCCUAGGUAGGCUUCAAAAUUAUCAGUCAUUUGUUUCAUAUAUAAAAAGAGAAAAGCAAAGAAAAUAUUAGGAAAGUAAAAAAAGCAUCAUUUUGAUGAUCAUUUCACUUUUCUCGAAACGCUGGUAAUGAGUAUUGCUUAUACAAUUUGGUAAAGAAUUGUAUAUGGUGGCAACAUUGUAGGAGAAACUGCGUUGAAAUAGGGUUGUUGAAUACUGAGGUAUCCUGAUAAUGUUAUCUCUGAGUGGUCUAGAAUAAAUAUUUUCAGUGAGAGAGACAACCACAGGAUUGGCAUUUUAUUCUCACGGAUAAUCUCGAGAGACAGAGGCUUUUCCAAUCUUUACCUAAAAGAGGUAGAAUAGUUGUAUAGAAUUCGUUCAUCUUUUUAAUUUACACUCUGUCCAAUCGUUUUCUAUCGAAAAUCGUACAGGGCACUCUACAAAUCAUCAUGAUUUGAAAUAAUGAUUUCAAAUGACUGGCUCUUAUGAACUGGUAGACGUUUAUGCGUAACUAUAUACUGGGCGUUUCAUAAAGCAGUGCCAAUAUUUCUAACGCAAAUAAGUAGAUCCAAAAAUAUAAAUAAAUCCUAUUUAUCGUGGUAUUUUUAUUGGUCCUAGAAACAUUGCUACUUUUUUGUGAAUCCCCUGUAUAAAUAAAUCCUAUAAUUCUUAUUAGUUUCACGUUUAUCUGUAGACAUUUUUUUUCAUCCAUUCGAGUGUUACCUCUUUUCAUUGUUAUAUGGCAGUUGUUUGAAAUUUUUGUAUUUUUUUCACCUGUGUAUUAUAUUGUUAAAAAGCAUAACGUAUUGUAAUAUUACUUCUUAUUUUUUCACGCAGAAUUAUUAGCAGCUCAAAUCAAAAUUUGUAAAUUUCAAGUUUUAGCUACUAAUAAUCUGUUAUGUAAAACGAUCAUUGGAAUAAAAAUAUUCUGAUAAAACGCAACA